UAUUUUCAUUAAACAUGAAGGGAGGUUAGUGUAAUUAACUCUAUAAACCAUAUUGCUUUUUAGUCCAAAAAUUGUUCGAUUCAGACACGAAAGCAUGGCGUUGCAGACUGGGGUUUCGACCUCCAAAGUUCUAAUCCUAGUCGGAGCUGGUCUGACUGGUUCAGUUAUUUUGAGAAGUGGGCAAUUGUCUGAUCUCAUUUCGCAGCUUCAGGAGUUAAUAAAGGGUGUAAAUGAAGUUGAGAUCUCACCUGACAAGUAUGAUAGUGCACUACUUGCAGCUCAGAUUCGACAAUUAGCACAAGAGAUCAGGGAGUUAACAGUAGCUUGUCCCAUAACCAUUUUCAAUGGAAACUCUAAUUCUACCUCCAGUGGGAGUGCUACAUCGUACUUGCUGCCAGCUGCAGCACUUGGAGCAAUGGGAUAUUGUUGCAUGUGGUGGAAGGGCUGGUCACUAUCCGAUGUUAUGUUCGUAACAAAGCAUAAUAUGGCAAAUGCUGUUGCAACUGUGUCAAAACAGUUAGAGCACGUAUCUGAAGCAUUGGCUUCAACAAAGAGGCAUUUAACGAAGAGGCUGGAAAAUUUGGAUUGGAAGCUGGAUGAGCAGAAGGAAACAUCUAAGCUCAUUGCAAAUGAUGUAAGUGAGGUGAAAUCAAAUCUUAAUCAAAUUGGGUAUGACAUUGAAAUAAUCAAUCAGAUGGUGUCUGGGUUGGAAGGAAAGAUUGAGCUUCUCGAAAGCAAGCAGGAUACAACUAAUUCAGGUCUGUGGUAUCUUUGCCAAUUAGCGGGAGGCAUGAAAGAUGGGCUAAGUACAAAACCUUUUCAGGAUGUUGGGGCCAAGUUAACAGACCAUUCAACAUUAACAUAUGGAGCGAAUUCGCUGAAGGGGCUUCAGUUCAUUGCGGAAUCCGAAGAGCCAAGUGCAAUAGAAGAAUUAACGUUAAACACAAACAAAAAAAUAGAUGCUAGUGACAGUCCUGCCAAAAGUGUUCCAACUAUUAAAACAAGAAUUCACAGGUCUUUUCCGGUUGGAAUGUCUUUGACAAGGGAUAUCUUGGGUCCAUACAUGUGAUUUUCUAGUUAAAAGAAGGAAAAAAAUGGAAGAAGUAUAUAAACAUCAUGAUCGAUUUUGGGAGUGGCAUUCUUUAUUGUUGAUUGUACGAGGCUGUAUGAUCGUGAGAAUUUACAUAUUUUUUUCCCAACAAUAUAAGGGUUGUGUUGUGGUUAUAGUGGUUGUUGGCCUUCAUUUGUUUCGUCUUCUUUUCUUUAAUAAUAGAGGGGAAGCUGAUGCUGAUGGAUCACGCCCAGAUUCAUGGGCCGUCUUUAACUGUUGAAAAACAUUUAUGAUGUUUUUGUUGUAUCCAUAAUUUCAAUGAUACACAUUUCAAAUAGGGUAUCAUCUCCUUGAUGGUUUUGAUUCAAGUGACUAUAGCAUAAUGAGUUUUGUUU